ACGAGAGUUCGCGCUCGGAACGAAGAUGGCGGUGGACUCUUGCAGGUAGUCGCGCAUUUCUUCGAACUGUAAUAAACUUCUCAGCUCCUCGGGCGGCACGAUCGGCGAGUGAACCCUCUACCGGAGGCGGUCGCAAGGCUGGACGGAUAUCACGUCUCAAUAUAACCGCUGGAGAAGGCGAUUUCUUGCCGUUUUGCCAUCGGUUCCAGAGCCGGGGACGUCAGUGUGAAGUGGGCGGGCUUCAGACCGUAACGGAGUGCCGAAGAAAAGCAUCCUUGACUCUCGGUGAUUUUCUAUUCAGCAAAACCCGCCGUUGUUAUAAUAUUCUUACGUGGAUGACGUGCCCGUCGCGAUGACAAUAUUAUACAGUCCUUAACGUAUCAUAUCAUAUAUCAUAUCAAGCCUGGAAAGCGAAUUUGGAGUGCCAUCGUCACUUGGCAGUGUAAACACACACAACGAUCGCCGGAAAAAACACGAGAAAGAGCUCCGCAUUCUGACCCCGUGACAGGAUGGCCAUGCUAAAGCAGGUAGGCCUGUUGGCGGCGGGGUGCCAGCCAUGGAACACCAACGUCUGUUCAGCCAGCAAGGACCGCUUUGCCUACUGUGCAACGUUAGCUAUCUACAUCUACCAGCUGGACAGGAAAUUCAACGAGUUCAAGCUUCACUCCAUCAUGUCAGAGCACACCAAGACCAUCACGGCGAUGGCCUGGCACCCCCGUAACCCCGACAUCCUAGCCUCCGCCUCUGCAGACCAGAGAAUAUGCAUCUGGCACGUGGCAGAACAAAGACUCCUGAAGAGCCUGGACAACCCUAAAGGCACGCCGCAGUGCAUAGACUGGUUCUUCCACGAGGCGGACUGCUUGUCGUACAUUUUCCAGAAGGGUCCGCUGUAUAUAUGGAACUACAAGCAGGGGAGUGCGGGGCUGUCGCAGCAUAAGGAGGCUCACGGGUUUAUGUAUGAUGUUUGCCAGUUCAGGUGGCACCACCGCAGGAUCGGGAAGCUGGUGCUGGGACAUGUGGACGGGAGUCUCUCACUCUUCUCACCAGGCCAGAAGCCACAGAAGCACGUCUUACGUCCAGAAACAGUGGACGAGACAGAAGAAGACGACCCUGUCGUGGCGCUGGAGUGGGAUCCGCUGUCGACGGAGUACCUCCUCGUGGCCAACUCCCACUUCGGCGUUCGCUUACUGGACACGGAGGGGCUGACGGUGAUUAACACGUACACGCUGCCAAGCGCGGCAGUGUCGGUACAUACACUGGCCUGGGUACCUACUGCGCCAGGCAUGUUUGUAACUGGAGACACCCAGGCAGGUGUGUUAAGAUUAUGGACAGUUCCUAAAAGCACGCCACUAGAAAACAUCAAGGUGAAGAAGACUGGCUUCCACGCACUUCAUGUCUUAGGACUCUACACAAUGAACUUACACAGAGAAGUUACAAUAGAGGAGCCCAUCGAAGCAUCCUCCACCAGCUCAGCUGUCCACAGAGGUAACCAGGAGUCUUCCACCAUGCCGCCUGCCCUCAUCGUCUGCACAUUUCUGGACGGAGGCGUGGGGCUCUACAACCUGGCCAGGAGGAAAUGGGACUUCCUCAGAGACUUGGGCCACAUAGAGACGAUAUUUGACUGUAAGUUUAAGCCAGAUGAUCCGAACCUGCUUGCGACAGCAUCGUUUGACGGGACCAUCAAAGUGUGGGACAUCUCCACCAUGCAGGCCGUGUACACAUCACCUGGCAACGAGGGGGUCAUCUACUCACUCAGCUGGGCACCAGCUGACCUGAACUGUGUCGCAGCCUCCACGUCCAAACAGGGCAUGUUCAUCUGGGACAUCGGCAGGGGCAAGGUCAUCAAGCGAUUCAACGAGCAUGGGCGACAUAGUAUAUUUUGUGUGGCCUGGAACAACAAAGACUCCAGAAGAAUAGCCACGUGUGGGUCUGAUGGACACUGUGUGAUCCGAACUGUGGAUGGAAAGCUGGUGAAGAAGUACAAACAUCCUAUGCCUGUGUUCGGAUGUGACUGGAGCCUCACCAACAAGGACAUGCUGGCCACCGGAUGUGAGGACAAGAACGUCAGAGUCUUCUACUUAGCAACCAACUCCGACCAGCCACUCAAAAUCUUCUCAGGGCACACCUCUAAGGUUUUCCAUGUGAAAUGGUCCCCGCUGAGGGAGGGCAUACUGUGCAGUGGAUCUGAUGAUGGGACCAUCCGUAUCUGGGACUACACACAGGACUCGUGUGCGAUGGUUCUGAGCGGGCACACGGCGCCGGUGAGAGGCCUGCUGUGGAACCCAGAGAUCCCGUACCUGCUGCUGUCAGGCAGCUGGGACUACACGAUUCGCGUCUGGGACACACGGGACGGCGCCUGCAUCGAUACCGUGUACGACCACGGAGCGGAUGUCUAUGGCCUGACCUGUCACCCCCUGCGCCCCUUCACUGUGGCCUCCUGCUCGCGAGACUCGACCGUCAGGAUCUGGUCGUUGACUCCCCUUGUCAGCACACUGCAGAUCAGCGUCAUCGCCAAGAGGCCGUGGACGGAAAUCUUCGCCAUGACACAAGAACAAGCGAUGGCGGCGGGUGCACCACCGUUGCUGUCUGGCCGUGUGUCCCGUGACCUCCGACAGCGCGUGGAGGCCCUCCCUCCACAGGAACAGUACAUCAGGGGGCUGCAGAUCUUUGCUGAGUUCUUCAGUCCCCCCAACGGCACUAAGAACCUGUGGGACCUGGUGUCUGUGAUUCGAGGUGAGGAGGAGGGACUGAACCCACAGGUGUACAGUAAAGGCAUCAUGCACACCAAACACCUCACCAGCUACAGGGCUUCAGAAGCCCAGGAGCUGGAGGUAGUUCGGAUGUCCAAGUUUGGCGCAGGUGUCGGAGCCCAGAGCAGGGAGGACAGACUUCGGCAGGCGGCACUCAUCCAUGUCAAACUGGGCAACCUGCAGAGGUACUGUGAGCUCAUGGUGGAGGUGGGAGAGUGGGAGAAGGCCCUGGCUGUAGCACCUGGAGUGUCCAUGGAGUACUGGAAGUCCCUGGCAAGAAGAUGGGCGAAGCAGCAGGUUCUGGAGGACAAACAGGAAGCAGCACCGUUCUGUGUGGCCAUCGGAGAUGUCCAGGCAGUGGUCGACUUCUACACAUCUAGGGGGGAGCUUCAGGACGCCAUGCUUGUUGCCCAGGCGGCGCAGGAGGGGUCGAUAAAGUCCGGCCCGGCGGCGGAGUGCGGGAACGCGGCGUACAACGGUGUAACGGAGGACUGUGAGGACAGCUGGCCGCUGCUGCACCAGGCCAGCCAGCGCCUCGCGGACUGGUACUUCCAGGACGGACAGCCCAUGAAGGCUGCAUGCUGCCAUCUCGCUGUGGAAGACUACAAGCUUGCCAUGUCGAAGUUGAUCCGAGGGAAUGAGCUGGAACUGGCCAUCAGCCUGGGAACAACCAUCGGCAAAACCCCCCGCCUCACGUACCUGGCUACAGAACUACUGGCACAGCGAUGCACCCGCAUCAACAGAUGGGACCUAGCUGUGGAGAUGUUGCAGCGUUUGCCCAACAGUGAGGCUGCACUGGCCAGGUUCUGUAUCAGCUGUUCUGGGGGAGCCGCAGAGAUAAACGACCUACAUGCAAAGGCUGGGUUCCCAGACAUGGAGGAGUGUUACAGCAAGGCCCAGGGCCUACAGGAGGAGGGACAGGAGACAGAGGCUGUCAAGUUUUACCUGCUCUCUACCUACCCGGAACAGGGCUUAGAGCUGGGACUCAAAGUUGUCAAGGAGAGAAUGUCGACCUCUGGCUGGACAGUCCAGGAUGUGUCAGAACUGGUGCAGUACAUGGGGUGUACCAGGACAGACAAACUGGAUGGGCCAAAGUGCACCAGCCUUCGCACAGAGCUGCUCACCAUCAGUGCCUAUGUUGGAGCCCUGCUGGCUGUGAGGAGAGGGUACAGCGCCAUUGUUCCCGCACUCUUCCAGCAAACAAGUAUGUUAGUGGACAAGGAAAACUCCAACUGGCCCUUCAGCAAGGACCAGGUGGAGGAGGAGCUGACAGCAUGGAAGGCUGAGCAAGUGUUGGCCAGUGAAAGAGAGUAUAAGAAGGAUUCGUCGGAGGCGAGUAGUGAGGUGAGUUUGAGGGAAGGGUACCAGAAGGCUCUACAGAGGCUACUGAGGAAGGCUGGUCAGGAGGAACUGGACAUAGAACCCGGGGCUGACCACUGCACCGGCUCCCAUCUGCCCAGCCACUCAGAUGUACAUGUGUCCUUCCUGUCCAAGACAAGAAUACAGGGUCCAGCAUUCUUCCUAGAGGACGGCAAAACUGCCAUCUCGCUGAACGAGGCUCUGAUGUGGGCUAAGGUGAACCCUUUCUCUCCACUGGGCACCACUUCUCGGAUCAACCCCUUCUAGAGCCUCUUCUCUGUAACAUCAGCAAUAAAAUGCUAAUGUAUUGGUAGCCCCAGGCAUAAAUACAAAGUAGCCAUUGGGAAAAGGAGAUCAGAGCUCGAAAUAGCACCUGCAUAUGCAG